AUGUUAGAAACUGUGUAUCAAGUUCCCAUGGAAUGCUCCUCAUGUGUCGAGUCGGUGAAGAAUUCUUUGAAGAUGAUUCCAGAACUGGAAAAGCUGGACAUCAAUUUGCGAGAUAAUAAAGUCGUUGUCGGUGGUAGAGUUGCCCCAUCUCAAGUGGUCUCCCAGUUACAAAAGAUCGGUAAAGAUGCGGUCAUCCGUGGAACUGGGUCUCCCAACUCAGCUGCUGUAUGCAUUUUGGAAUCAUUCAAACCGGAGCAUCGUGCCAACCCUGUGAAGGGAUUGUUGAGAAUGGUAGCUGUCUCCCCCAGCGAAAUGCUCAUUGACUUCACCGUGGACGGCGUGUCCAAAGCUGGUACGUAUUGGCCCAGUAUAAGAACAUCAGGUAAUCUUACAGAGGGUGCCAAAUCAACAGGAUCGAUAUUUUUCCAAUUGCAGCAAAUCAAUAUCACAGAGAAAGCCGCAGAAGGUUUCAAAGGCCAAUAUUUCAUUUCGGUCCCAUUGAAGAUUACAGACUUAAUCGGUAGGUCUGUAGUUGUUGGUGAUGGUAAAGGGUACGACGAUGUCUCUGAUAGCUCCCUGGUAGGAGUCAUUGCUAGAUCAGCUGGUGUUUGGGAGAAUGACAAACAGGUUUGCAGUUGUACAGGAAAGACCGUUUGGCAAGAACGGAGAGAUGUCAAAGACCAUGGAUUAACAGUAUGA